AUGGCGGACCAGAUCCCUCUGUACCCGGUGCGCAGCGCGGCCGCGGCGGCCGUGGCCAACCGCAAACGCGCGGCCUACUACAGCGCCGUGGGGCCCGGGCCGGGGGCCGAGCGGCCCAGCAGGUACCAGCUGGAAGAUGAGUCUGCCCAUUUGGAUGAAAUGCCACUAAUGAUGUCUGAAGAAGGCUUUGAGAAUGAUGAGAGUGAUUACCACACUUUGCCACGUGCCAGGGUCAUGCGGAGAAGACGAGGGCUGGGGUGGUUCAUCUGUGGAGGGUGGAAGUUCCUCUGCACCAGUUGCUGCGAUUGGCUGAUAAAUGUUUGUCGGAGAAAGAGAGAGCUGAGAGCUCGCACUGUGUGGCUCGGACAUCCUGAGAAGUGUGAAGAAAAACAUCCCAGAAAUUCCAUCAAAAAUCAAAAAUACAAUGUCUUUACCUUUCUACCUGGGGUUUUGUAUGAACAAUUCAAGUUUUUCUUGAAUCUCUAUUUUCUGGUAGUCUCCUGCUCCCAGUUUGUACCAGCAUUGAAAAUAGGCUAUCUCUACACCUACUGGGCUCCUCUGGGAUUUGUCUUGGCUGUUACUAUCAUGAGGGAAGCAAUGGAUGAAUUUCGGCGUUUUCAGCGAGACAAGGAAGUGAAUUCACAACUAUACAGCAAGCUCACAGUAAGAGGUAAAGUGCAAGUUCAGAGUUCAGACAUACAAGUUGGAGACCUCAUCAUAGUGGAAAAGAAUCAAAGAAUUCCAUCGGACAUGGUAUUUCUUAGAACUUCAGAAAAAGCAGGUUCAUGUUUUAUUCGAACGGAUCAACUAGAUGGCGAAACUGACUGGAAGCUGAGAGUGGCCGUAAGCUGCACACAGAGGCUGCCAGCCCUGGGGGACCUGUUUUCCAUCAGUGCUUAUGUCCAUGCUCAGAAGCCACAGCUGGAUAUUCACAGCUUUGAAGGCACAUUUACCAGGGAAGACAGUGAUCCACCCAUUCAUGAGAGUCUCAGCAUAGAAAAUACAUUGUGGGCAAGCACAGUUGUCGCAUCAGGUACUGUAAUAGGUGUUGUCAUUUAUACUGGAAAAGAGACUCGAAGUGUAAUGAACACAUCCAAUCCAAAAAAUAAGGUUGGUUUGUUGGACCUUGAGCUCAAUCAGCUGACCAAAGCUCUGUUUUUGGCAUUGGUUGCUCUCUCGGUUGUUAUGGUAACCUUACAAGGCUUUGUAGGCCCAUGGUACCGCAAUCUUUUUCGGUUCCUCCUCCUCUUUUCCUACAUCAUUCCCAUCAGUUUGCGUGUGAACUUGGACAUGGGCAAAGCAGCAUAUGGGUGGAUGAUGAUGAGGGAUGAGAACAUUCCUGGCACAGUUGUCCGGACCAGCACCAUCCCAGAGGAGCUGGGCCGCCUUGUGUAUCUGCUGACGGAUAAGACAGGAACCCUCACUCAGAAUGAAAUGGUAUUUAAGCGGCUGCAUCUGGGCACUGUGUCCUACGGGACAGACACGAUGGAUGAGAUCCAGAGCCAUGUCAGGAGCUCCUACACACAGCUGCACUCUCAAGCUAGUGGAAACAAUACCAGUUCAACUCCACCAAGAAAAGCCCAGUCUUCAGGUCCCAAAGUUAGAAAGAGUGUGAGCAGCCGAGUUCACGAAGCAGUGACAGCUAUUGCUCUGUGCCACAACGUGACGCCGGUUUACGAGUCUCGAGCCGGUGUGACUGGGGAGACUGAGUACGCAGAGGUGGACCAAGACUUCAGUGAUGAGAACCGCACCUACCAGGCCUCCAGCCCAGAUGAGGUGGCUCUGGUGCAGUGGACAGAGAGCAUCGGCCUCACCCUGGUCAACAGAGACCUCACGUCCAUGCAAUUGAGGACGCCUGGCGGCCAGAUCCUGACCUACUGCGUCCUACAGAUGUUCCCCUUCACGUCGGAGGGCAAGCGCAUGGGCAUCAUCGUCAGGGAUGAGUCCACGUCAGAAAUCACCUUCUACAUGAAAGGUGCUGAUGCUGUCAUGUCCACCAUCGUCCAGUAUAAUGACUGGCUGGAGGAGGAGUGUGGAAACAUGGCCCGAGAAGGUCUGCGCACCCUCGUGGUCGCGAAGAGGGCGCUCACGGAGGAGCAGUACCAGGACUUUGAGAGCCGCUACAUGCAGGCAAAGCUGAGUGUGCAUGACCGGGCGCUGAAGGUGGCUGCUGUGGUGGAGAGCCUGGAGCGGGAGAUGCAGCUGCUGUGCCUGACAGGGGUGGAGGACCGGCUGCAGGCUGAUGUGCGGCCAACCCUGGAGAUGCUGCGCAACGCGGGAAUCAAGAUAUGGAUGCUAACGGGCGAUAAACUUGAGACGGCCACGUGCAUCGCCAAGAGCUCACACUUGGUGUCGAGAGCACAAGACAUUCAUGUCUUCAGACCCGUAGCCAGUCGAGGAGAGGCCCAUUUGGAGCUGAAUGCCUUUCGAAGGAAGCAUGACUGUGCGCUAGUCAUAUCUGGGGACUCCCUGGAGGUGUGCCUGCGGUACUACGAGCACGAACUUGUGGAGCUGGCCUGCCAGUGCCCAGCUGUGGUGUGCUGCCGCUGCUCGCCCACCCAGAAGGCUCACAUCGUGAAACUCCUGCAGCAGCACACGCGCAAGCGCACCUGCGCCAUUGGUGAUGGUGGAAACGACGUGAGCAUGAUCCAGGCCGCAGACUGUGGGAUUGGGAUUGAGGGGAAGGAGGGGAAGGCAGCCUCAUUGGCAGCUGACUUCUCCAUCACGCAAUUCAAGCACAUUGGCCGGCUGCUCAUGGUGCACGGGCGGAGCAGCUACAAGAGGUCUGCGGCACUCGGUCAGUUCGUCAUGCACAGGGGCCUCAUCAUCUCCACCAUGCAGGCUGUGUUCUCCUCCGUCUGCUACUUCGCCUCCGUCCCCCUGUACCAGGGGUUCCUCAUGGUGGGGUACGCGACCAUCUACACCAUGUUUCCAGUGUUCUCACUGGUGCUGGACCAGGACGUGAAACCAGACAUGGCCAUGCUGUACCCAGAGCUUUACAAGGACCUCACCAAGGGCCGGUCCUUGUCCUUUAAAACAUUCCUCGUCUGGGUGUUAAUCAGCAUUUACCAAGGCGGCAUUCUCAUGUACGGGGCGCUGGUGCUCUUUGAGUCGGAGUUUGUCCACGUCGUGGCCAUCUCGUUCACGGCCCUCAUCCUCACGGAGCUGCUGAUGGUGGCGCUGACCGUCCGCACGUGGCACUGGCUGAUGGUCGUGGCCGAGUUCCUCAGCCUCGGCUGCUACGUGGCCUCUCUGGCUUUUCUAAAUGAGUAUUUUGACCUCGCCUUCAUCACCACCAUGACCUUCCUGUGGAAGGUGUCGGCCAUCACCGUGGUCAGCUGCCUCCCACUGUACGUCCUCAAGUAUUUGAAGCGCAAGCUCUCCCCGCCCAGCUACUCCAAGCUGACCUCCUAG